CUCCUUCCGCCCAAAACCUCAGUCCCGUCAUUCAGAUGAGAAAAUCCAGUCCUCUGAUUUUUUCCACCGAUCCAAAUGCUCCCAGCGCGAAAACCCCCAAAACCAGACCAGAAACCCUAGAGAUCCUCUGAUGGGUGAAGCGAAUCCUCUGUCAUGAAUUCAUCUUCUUCUUCCUCUCUCUCUUCUUCUUCUUCGUCGUGGUUUUCUGGCAUUGUUCGCGGUCGCUCUGGCAGUGUUAAGAUGGGAAACCAUGCGAAUCCGAUACCCGGUGGCGAUAGGUCUGUUUCUGGAAACAUCAAGAAUCAGUUCAUCGGCCGCCUUUUCAAGUACGGUCCGAAGGCGAUUCAGGUUGCUUUCAAAACUGGAGACUUCAAACAACAAGUUAUCUUUAUUGGGGGAUUGACGGAUGGAUUUUUGGCAACUGAGUAUUUGGAGCCUUUAUCAAUUGCUUUGGAAAAUGAAAAAUGGUCAUUGGUGCAACCUUUGUUAUCCUCUUCUUAUAUCGGAUAUGGCACUUCCAGCUUGAAACAAGAUGCAAUGGAGCUUGACCAGCUUAUUGGCUAUUUGAUCAAUAAGGAAAACUCUGAAGGCGUGGUUCUACUUGGGCAUAGUACUGGUUGUCAGGAUAUCGUGCAUUACAUGCGAACAAAUGCUGCAUGCUCUAGAGCUGUUCGUGGAGCCAUUUUGCAGGCUCCAGUCAGUGACCGGGAAUACAGAGCAACUCUUCCUGAAACAGCUGCAAUGAUAGACUUGGCAUCAACCAUGAUAACAGAGGGUCGAGCAAUGGAUUUAAUGCCCAGGGAAGCAAAUCCGGAUGCCCCAAUAACCGCCUAUAGGUAUCACUCGCUUUGUGCAUACAUGGGGGAUGACGACAUGUUCAGUUCAGAUCUUAGUGAUGAUCAGUUGAGAUUGAGACUUGGGCAUAUGUCCAACACACCUUGCCAGGUAAUCUUUUCCAUGGCAGAUGAGUAUGUACCAGAGUAUGUUGAUAGGGAAGCGUUAGUGGAAAGGCUGUGCAAAGCCAUGGGAGGAGCCGAGAAAGUCAAAAUCGAACACGGCAACCAUUCUCUCUCCAACAGGGUUGAAGAAGCAGCCCAGGCAAUUAUGGACUUUGUUAAAAGGGAAGGUCCCGCAGGGUGGGAUGACCCAUGGAGUUAGCAUCCCUCAUCUAUCCCUUCCAUCCAAUUUUUCUUUUCUUUUUUCCUUCUUCAAGUCUCCCAUUUUUUUAUUUGCAUUCAUGCUGAGGUUGGAUGAACUGAAAGCUAUUGCCAUUUCUUAUGUGUUAUAUCUGAGUACUUACAUUGAAGUUUGAUGGAAUUUUAGUGCUUGUUUUGAUAUUGUAAUGGAUGUUAUAGGCUUAUAGCCCCCUAAUAAAAGGAUAGAAUGUAGAAUAUGGUUUAGUCGCA